AUGCGGACGAUUGUGCCCCUCCUCUUGGUGGCGAUCGCCUCCCUCGCGAGCUGUAGCAACCUGGCAGUCGCAGAGAGGGCUAUUCAAGACGCCAAGGGCCUCCAGAAUGACAACACAGCUCGCCACCUUAAAGGAACCCCUAAGCGCCACGUGGCCGACGAGGAAGAGCGAGGGGCGGCGACGCAGGUUAUCAGCAAGCUAAAGUCCAUCCUGGGCAGUAACCCGGACAAGAAGAAGCUGGACAAGGUCCGCUCGUACGCCGAGGAGAACCCCGACAAGUGGCUGGUCAUGUCCUACUACCUCGAUUACGUCUACGGCAUCUCGUUCUUGGCGCUUCUAGCCGGCGGUGCGAUUUGGGGCUACAGCCCGCGCCCGGCCGGACACGGAGGCCCAAACACCAACUAA